CAACUGCCAUUUUGUGGCAGAGGCUACUCUGCUAAAGCGGGAGAGGGAUUAAAACAAACUGCGAAGAAGCCUGCAUUUCUUAGCAGCCUAUUAAACUUUGUAGCGCAGACUCUCUGAUUUUGGCUGAGUUAAACGGGGAGAGAAACACAUUAAAAGGAGGUUUACAGUCAGGUAGCAGCUUGAAGCCUCAGCUUGGCAGGGACAGUGAGGUAGCAGACAUUUGAUUCAGCAAACUUCAGGGCUUUCAGCAAAAGGAAGAUCACCAGAAUCACAGCCCUGCAGACUGCAGUCCAGUCUACAGAAAUCAUGAAAACAGUCAAUUUAACAUUGCUGUUCCAGUUCCUACCCAGCAUGGACGGAGGCCCAACCGAGGGUGUAGGGGUGGUGGAGGUCCCCUCCAAAGACUUCCCCUCCAUCCAGUCCGUUCACAGCCAGGAUGCCAUGGUGGCCGACCUCCUCCAGCAAGCUGCAGAGGCUGGGGGUGUGGUAGAGGGACAAGCUGGAGUCGUCCUGGAACAAGGUCAUGGGCAAGGGAUGGUAGCUACCCAGGCCCAGCAGCAGCUAAUGGAAGCUGGGGUGGGGGUUGGUGUGGAAAGUGGGGCAGGGGUUGAAAUGAUGGUCAUGGACUCACUGGAUCCCACCCUGUUGCAGAUGAAGACUGAGGUAAUAGAUGCUGCAGUGGGGGGAUCAUCAGCAACCGUGGGUGUUGUCGGAGGGGUAGCAGGUGCCGCUCACCAAGCAACUGUAACAACAGUAGAUCAGACACAAAUCAUCACACUACAGGUGGUAAACAUGGAGGAGCAGGCCGCUCUGGGUCUGGGGGAACUCCAGUUGGUCCAAGUUCCCGUUUCUGCCUCCACUGUGGAGGCCCUGCAGCAAGGAACCUUUGUAGACACCACUGCUAUGCCAAAGGACGGUGACCCGGUCAUCUGCCACACCCUGCCACUGCCCGAGGGCUUUCAGGUAGUUAAGGUCGGUGCUAAUGGGGAGGUGGAGACAGUGGAGCAGGAGGAUGAUGGGGGAGAGGCCCAUCCUGAGGAGGAAGAUGAGGAGGUAGGGAGCCAGCUGCUGGAAGAAGGGGAAGAUGAGCCCAUUCAGCCUCCCAAUGACGACACAAACUGGGCUAAAGACCCGGACUAUCAGCCCCCGUCUGGAGCUGUCAAAAAGACUAAAAAGGGUAAAAAGAGUCGUCUGCGUUACGCUGAAGGAGAUAAGGACAUGGACGUCAGUGUCUAUGAUUUUGAAGAGGAACAGCAGGAGGGCCUUCUCUCUGAGGUCAAUGCUGAGAAAGUGGUGGGCAACAUGAAACCACCCAAACCCACCAAGAUCAAGAAGAAAGGAGUGAAGAAGACAUUUCAGUGCGAGCUGUGUAGCUACACAUGCCCUCGACGCUCCAACCUGGACAGACACAUGAAGAGCCACACCGACGAGAGGCCUCACAAAUGUCACCUGUGUGGAAGAGCCUUCAGGACGGUCACCCUGCUGAGAAACCAUCUCAAUACACACACCGGAACUCGUCCACACAAGUGCACAGACUGUGACAUGGCUUUUGUGACUAGUGGAGAGCUGGUUCGCCAUCGUCGCUACAAACACACACAUGAGAAACCCUUCAAAUGCUCCAUGUGUGACUACGCCAGUGUGGAAGUGAGCAAACUAAAGCGCCACAUUCGUUCCCACACUGGCGAGCGUCCAUUCCAGUGCAGUCUUUGCAGCUAUGCCAGCAGAGACACAUACAAGCUAAAGAGACACAUGAGGACACACUCAGGAGAGAAACCUUAUGAGUGCUACAUCUGCCAUGCCCGAUUCACCCAGAGUGGAACCAUGAAGAUGCACAUUCUGCAGAAACACACAGAGAAUGUGGCCAAAUUCCAUUGUCCACACUGUGACACUGUCAUCGCACGCAAGAGUGACUUGGGUGUCCAUCUUCGCAAGCAGCACUCAUUUAUUGAGACCGGAAAGAAGUGUCGUUACUGCGACGCUGUUUUCCACGAGCGCUAUGCUCUGAUCCAGCAUCAGAAGUCCCAUAAGAAUGAGAAGAGGUUCAAAUGCGACAUGUGUGACUACUGCUGCCGCCAGGAGCGCCACAUGGUGAUGCAUCGUCGAACCCACACCGGAGAGAAACCAUACGCCUGCAGCCAGUGUGAGAAGACCUUCAGACAGAAGCAGCUGCUGGACAUGCACUUCAAACGCUACCACGACCCCAACUUUGUCCCCACCGCCUUCGUCUGCCCCAAGUGUAGCAAGACCUUCACUCGCAGGAACACCAUGGCUCGCCAUGCUGAGAAUUGCAGCGGUGAGGUGGAGGAAGCUGAGAAUGGAGCUCCAACCCCGAAGAAAGGGAGGAGAGGAAGAAAGAGGAAGAUGAGGAGCAGGAGAGAUGAAGAUGACAGCGAGGAGGAUCAUGCCGAUCCAGAUGAGGACGAAGAGGAGGGCGAGGGUGAGGGUGAGGAAGAAGCAUCACUGCUACAGGAAGAGGAGGAGGCAGAAAGCAUGGAACUGGACCAGGCCCCUGCCGCCAUCCCCGUACCGGCUCCCGACGAGCCACCGGUCAAGAGAAAAAGAGGCCGACCCCCAAAGAAUGCCCCCAAGCCUCCGACACCCAGCAAGUCAGUCAGGGUGGCUGCCAAGACGACUGCUUCUGCUGCUGCCAUCAUUCAGGUGGAGGAUGAGAGCACUGGAGCAGUGGAGAACAUUAUAGUGAAGAAGGAGGACGGCGACACCUCUGCAGCAACGCCUUUGGACCAGGGAGUAGCCCUGACUGUGGAGGGGGUGGGGCUAGACGGGGAAGGGGUGGAGACUGUUGAGCUGGCGGUGAAUGAGGAAACGGCAGCCGCUAACGGAGACCUGACGCCGGAGAUGAUCCUCAGCAUGAUGGACCGGUGAACAUGCCACACACAUAGACGGACUAUAAGUCAAAUUGGCAAAUCCACAUUACCACACCCACAUCCCUGACCUUCACCUGAUGGCAGCCAUGAAGUGGCUGCAAAAAACUGGUGGCAGCAAAACAACCAUGCACAAAGAAGGGAAGCCACAUGUAAAUACUUCCACAGUAACUUCACACCCGUAUACAUCAACCUGCAUACGGAUGUUUGUGGGUCUCUCUCUCACACACACACACACACACACACACACACACACACAAAAUACCAGAUCCCACUGCACAUACUUGUCAUCUCACACAUCACACACAAAUAUCGUCCAAGCUAACAACAGACUGCUCUCUGCUCUUAAAUGCUGUCUUUCAGUUUGAAUGUCUUCUGGAUGAAUCAUUGUGUGUUUUGCUACUCAUUUCUACCCAAAGCCACAUCCUGUGUCAACCUCUACCCACACACACUGCAGUUUAUGUUCAGCAGUCUACAUUGCUCUGCCAAAAGGAGACAUUAUUUGAUCUACCUUCACUUUGAUUUUCUGCUGUCCUGCUUGCUGUUCUUGCAAUUAUGCUGAUUUAGCAAAUUCCAAGCCUUUAUAUGUGUAUAUAUAUAUAGAUAUAAAUGUAGUUUUUCUUAAUGAAACGUAGUAUAUGGUACUUGCGUUUGCCUGUGAGAUACCACCCACGCUCAAUCAUAUGAUCUGUGCCCACUCCCCUCCUACUUGGCCUGUGUAAACAAAUGGUCCAUGUUGUGGUGUUAAUAGUUGGCUGGUUGCACAUGGAGUCUUUCAUAUUGGGACAUUAAGAGGGAUUCUUCUUUAUACAUGAGCCAACGGGCACAGGCAGAUCCAGUCAUUUUAAUGGCACAGUUUUUCUGCUUUCUAGUUCAUCUGUUCAACAUCCAUGCUGCCAGCACCCAACUCUGUCAGCUCAUGCUAAUCAAAGACUUAAGAUAGCUGUUAAUUUAGUUUCCCAGCACCAACAAUGUUUGAGAUGAAGUUUUCAGCUGUUUUCUAUUAACUCCUACCUAUCACUGAUGGAAGAUAUUCUCCCUUUUCACAUUUUGAAGGAGAAAGUAGAUGGUUUGCUAUCACAAACUGAAUGAUCCCUCUCGGUUGGAGAAAAUCCAGAUCGUCCUGAUUUAGUUGGUAAAACCUUAAACUGUAGUUGUAAUUUUGAACAUUCCAAAUACUUCAAUUAACACAGAAUGAUGUCUGUGCAUUUGAAUCAUCUCACUUGAAGUAACCAGCUCUAACAUUGUUUUGCAAGCCAUUCUUUAAUUUUCCUUUAUGCACUUCCCAGUUCAGUUCUCAAAGAUCAGAUAGUGAAUCACCCACAGAAUAAUCACUGAUCACCAACUGUGGCAGGUGGUUUGCAUGUGCACAGUUUAAACCCUCGGCUUUUUGAUUUAUUGUGAAGCUUUUUUUAUGUUUUUAAAUCUGGACGUGUUGGUUAACAAGGUAAACAUGUUAGUGCCAUAGCUGGUAUUCCUGGACCUCUCCAUCGUGCUUCCCUUCCACAGCUGUGCCCCUCUUAACCAACCAAACGGAACUUAAUCUCAACCACUACCAGUUUUCUGUCUAUAUUCUGUUGCUCAUAGCCAUUUUGUAUUACAGUUUUUAUUUCAGGCCAUUCUCUAGUUGCCGCUGUGUUUCUUUGUGGUUGGUUCAGUUCAGUAGUAUGACUGAAGCUAUGAGUCAUUCUGUCCUCCUUCUAACCUUUCGGCCUGAAGGUGUCAGGCCGCCUAUAAAGGAACAAGAAGUUUAGAAGUUUGGCACCCAUCUAAACAUGUACAUUGUAUGUAAGAACAACAAAACCGCUUUCUUGUUCUUUUUUCUGACAGGUUUUGAUACUGUUUUUGGAAGGAUGAGCUGGGUGUUUAGUUUGCUGUACCCUGGUCUUGCAGUUCCACUAGCCCCCAGCUUUCAGAUAGUAUCCAAUAUCAGCUGAUACUGAGGUAUGUCCUCACCUUCGCCCAGGCCCUCAUUUGAUUUCCACAAACACAAGGUUGAGACUGUUUGUGUGAGACUCUGAAGAUCCUUAAACCAGGGCUAAAAACGCUUGACAGUUUGAGCAAAGGUUGUGUUGUGGCCUGUAUAUUGGUUAGAUGUCCAGCAUUGUUUAAAGGGGGGGGGUCUGAGAAUCAAUGUUCAAAUAUGAAAUUGAAAAUCACUCCGAAACAUCAAUGACUGUACUGCUGGGUCUGAGAUCUCAUUCUGGAAAACAAAAGAAGGCAGUGUUCUGUUAUCAGUCUAUCAUGUUAAUGUUCUGCAGGCGGACGGAUGGAAGAUGGAUGUUUGGAUGUUUUUUUGUUUUUUUUGUACAUGGCUUGUUUGUUUUGGCAGAAGAAUUGAGAGAACCAGUUUUAAUAUGGUUUUAAACACCCCCCUGUUUUAAGACCAAGAAAACAAAAGAAACCUUUGUCAUAUCAUUUUUGAAGAUGAGACACUGUACAGCUGAUGAAAAAUAAAAUCAUCCUAAUGGG